GGUCUGUCACCGCCCAGACAGCCACAUCGAUCUAACAACCGAACCGAUUGUCUUCAUCCCGUUCUGACAAGUCUCUUCCGCGUCUCAGGUCCCACACGUUCAUCUUCAACGCUUGUAUAUCGCUAUGUUUGGACUUCCUGUCUGUCACAGCGACUUCCGCAGAUGGAUUGCGUAGUGACUGAAAGGGCGUGCGUUCAUGCACGAAUCCGCACUCAUCAGGAAAAAAAGGGAGUGUCGGCGCAUAAAGCAACGCCAAACAGCCUUAAAGAUUCAUAAGUGAUUGCUUUGGACAUCCCCAACUUCCUACCUUUGUAGAGGUUCCAAGUCCACACUCAGAAUGAGUUGCAUGGAGCAAGGCGAUGCUGGGAAGUUUCUCGAGAGGUUUCUGGAGGAUUUUCCAAACCCGCUUGGGACGGAGGACCCGCUUCCCGUCACUCCACUUAGCCGCAGAGUCUCUAUGCAGGAGGUGAAGGGAGAGAGUCUGGAUCUUGGCCUCCGACUGCUCUCAGCCAGAAAUGCCCCAUCCUGGCUGGGUGCAGCGAUGUGCAAUGCUGCUGUCACUGAACUGCUUAAAGAUGACCUUUCACCUCACUUCUGCCCCAAAGAUCCUGAACAGCAACCAGAAGAUGAACAGGAAGUUGUUUUGUUGCAGUCUGAGCCAUUGCAGCGCCUCUUUAUUAAUAAAUUGAGAGAGAUGUGUUUGGCCUGGCAGAAACAGCUGCCCAGUCCCGAGUCGUCCUCUUCACGGACACACAGCUGCUCUUUUCACGCCAUUCGAAACACUCGUAGGAAGAUGGAGGAUCGUCACAUAAUCCUGAAAGAAUUUAACCAGCUUCUGGGACUGCAGGAUGGAGUGGAUCGAGAGUAUUACGCUGUGUUUGAUGGACACGGAGGGGUGGAUGCUGCCACAUACGCUGCCACUCACCUGCAUAUUGUACUCAGCCAGCAGGAGGCACUAAAAAGCGAUGCUGCCACAGCCUUCAAAAGCUCCUUCAUGCAAACAGAUGACAUGUUCAAGAUUAAAGCCAAGAGAGAGCGUCUGCGCAGCGGCAGCACUGGUGUGGUGGCCUUACUGACCUCUGAUCGCCUGACCGUCUCCUGGCUGGGUGACUCUCAAGCUAUGCUGGUUCAACAGGGAGAACCAGUGACCCUAGAUGAGAAGAAAAGAAUUGAGGAUCUGGGUGGAUGCAUCACUUUCAAUGGCUGUUGGCGGGUAAAUGGUACCUACGCCGUUUCCAGAGCAAUAGGUGAUUUUGAUCAGAAGCCGUACGUCUCUAACGAAGCUGAUAGCUCCUCGAUCCAGCUGAAUGGACAUGAAGAUUACAUUCUGCUUGCUUGUGACGGCUUCUUUGACGUGGUCCAGCCUGGGGACGUCCCGGGGCUGGUCCUGGAGGCUCUGAGGGAGGCCGGAGGCUCGGGGGACGAUGUGGCCCAGACUCUGGUGGCCCAUGCUAAAGCUGCUGGAUCCACUGAUAACAUCACAGUUCUUUUGGUGUUCCUCAAAGAUCCGCAACAACUUUUGACCUACGAGACAAGUUCCAGAGCAGAGCCAGGAAGAGCUACGGCUGCAGCCACAGGGAUCUGAAAGGUGUUAAUAGGAAGAAAUUGUCCAUGAAAGAAGCAAAUCAGAGGACCAAGACCAUCUGAUGGUCUGUUCAUCAUCUGGAAUGAUAUUUUAAAGAGUUGUUGAAUAUGCAAUUAUUGAAGUCAUCCAAAACGAGUCCAGUCAUGCAUUCAGAAGAAAGCUUCGAACGCAGGUGAAAGGCGUUUCCUCGUUUGUUUUUUCCAAGAAUGUCUGAUCCCUGGUCAUUUAUUAACUCUCUUUGUUGCUAUGUUUGAACUUGCCUUCAUUUUUAAACAACAUGUUUCCAUUUUUUAACUAUUUGCCUUGUUUUUACCAGCUUAUAUACAUUUACUGGUGCUCAAAGGGAUAGUUACGUGAAAAAUUAAAAUCCUGUCAUCAUUUACACACCCUCGUGUCAUUCCAAAAUAGUAUGGUUUUAUUUUUUUGUGUGGAACAUAAUAGAUAUUUUGUUUGUUGAAAAAUAUUGGUAACUAAACCGUUCCAGUUCCCAUCAACGUCCACUCUAUGGACAAAAAAUACAAUGGAAGUCAAUGCCAAAACUCUUCAAAAUAUCUUCUGCUGUGUCCAACAGAAAAAAAAGAAAAAGAAAUGCAUACAGGUUGAAAUGACAAAAGGGUGAGUAAUUGAUGACAGAAUUUUAAUUUGAUCUCUAUAAUAUCUCAUAAAAAAUGUAGUACCUUAGAGAUACGCGUAAAGCAAAUGCAAAUAUUUUUCAGAGCGUACUUUGUUGGUUGCGCUCCCUAUUUGAUACGACUGUUACAGUGCAUAGGAAACUGAUGUGAAUAGUCUACAGUAUUACAUUGCAUUUCAGACCACAGCAGCUUCAAUAAUGAAAUACCCGACUAUAAGGCCUUCAGCUCUGUCAGCAGGUGUACUAAUUCAGUGUUGUAGGUGGUUAGUAUUUUUAAGACUGUUAUUUAUUUUAUAAAAAAAGUAUUUAUGGCUGUACUCUCUUUCAUGUGCCAAAACUGUAUUUACGAGCCUGACUUUGCCAAUAUCGUCUCUCUGUGGCUGCAGCUUUUCACAAAGCAGUUUUUCGAAAUGUACAGUAAACCUUUAUUUAUGCAUAUAAUUUCUUAUUCGUUUUGUUACAGUGCCUUUUCUCCCAAAUCUCAGUGUUAAUACUGGCGUGUUGGUGUUAUAUUAUCAUAGCCAGACUUUGCAAACCGCAUGUCCUGCAUGCUGCAAGCUGUCUCACAUUACGGCCGCUCAAUAUUUUUGAAAGCCUCGUGACGAGUAGCUGAUAUAGUAGCACAGUCACUAUAAUGUGAUAAGGCCAAGAAUAUCGCUAACCUAAUGGAUAGUGAAUGAGGAAGGUGAAGACAGAGCGAUGAGAUGUUGAUUUGGUGUUUGUAUGGGGAAAAUGUCUCGUUUGGUUCAGUCCAAUGCAUUCUAUAUUUUAAUAAAAGAGUGUAAGAUUUAUAUCUUUAAUGUAUGUAUUAAAGUAUACAUUAUUAUGUUUGUGACAGUGGCAUCUUAAAGUCUGAGGCCAUUG